UGGCCAUACCGGACGAAGAUGUCGGGGGCUCAAAUGUCGUUCCCGUUGUUGACGCGAUUUCGAUCCCCUCGUCGACGGCCUUGUCCCAACCGCCACCUGUCGGCCAGGAGCCCUGGAAACAAAGGGUCAGCAAGGAGCUGGCCGUUGGGACCUACAAACUCGAGGUUGAGUACCCUGUGAAGGGUGGCUUCUUCAACGACGCUAUUGACGGCCAUGAUGUUCUGGCCCAAGCUGUCCCGGUCGAGGGUCGGGCUUAUUUGAAGAAACUAGGCCCCGUCAGGAUCUAUGACGGCGGGAUGGACCUCAUCGUCCAAGGUGCCCUUAUGCUGAUGGAGAGCCAUAAGCGGAAAGAGCAGGAGAUUGCCCGUUUGAAGGAGGCCGAGAAAAAGGCUGCUUCGGUCGAGGAGGCCAUGGCCUGCCUAGAUCGGCUCCGGGAAGAGGUGAAGGCCCUGCAGAAGGGUGUCGAUGAAGCCGAUGUGGCCUAUCGGCAGGUGGCGGCCGACAUGGAUGACAUUUUGAAGGCCAGGGAUGAAGCCCUGAGAAGCCGUGAUGAAUCCCUGCUCCGGGCCGAGGACGCCGCAAGGGCUCAGGCUGAAUCUGAGAGGGCCGUUGAGAAGGCAGUUGAUGGCACUAUUGAGAGAUUCCUGGCCGAGGGCUGGAAGCCUGAAGACCGUCGGCCCUGGUGCUACGAGGUGGUGGCGGAUCGUCUGGAAGAUUGGGGCCAGAACUGCCCUGCUGGACAAGAAUAUUUUGCCCGAGAAAUGUCUGUU